UUUACCUUAGUUCAGUAUCAACUAGUGCUGUGUGGUGCUUUGCCAACGGCUCUAAGGCUAACUGCUGGACAAAUGAGUUGCGCAAGGACGAUUACGCACGGUUACGUACAGUGAGUGGGUCAAAGAAGAAGAAGAAAAUGUCCUACACGUCGUGCAGUUUAUGUUAAAGGGAAGAAAAAUGUCUUGGAGCGGGACGCGGUGUUAGAUCAAGCCCGAAGGAGGCUACGGCUGCGCAGGGAAUGCUGUGGACACUCGCCGCUGGAUGCGUUGUUUUUCUGUAGGCCAUGGGGAGUCUACACCCAAAAUGAGCGCGAUUAUUUGGGGCUGAAGUGAAGGAGAGCACCAGAAGGACCUGUGUUUGCGUGUGCGUGCGUGAGUGAGAGUGUGUGUUGUGCUCGUGCGUGUGUCACAAUGAGUCUGGUCUCGGGAUUCCCGCACCACCCCGUGAUGCACCACCACGACAGCCACCACUACUCGCUGCACGCAGCGGCAGCGGCGGGACGCUGUCACGAGGACACUGGCCCUCCGUAUUUCACGAGCUGGCUGAUCAGCCACGCGGACAUGUCUCCGACCGAUUACAGCCUCGCGCCUGGCUACAGCCCCGAGUACCAUGGCAACAGCAGCGGGGGCUCCACGGGCGGCAUGGACCCUCACCAUCAUCAUCAUCACCACCACUACGGCCCCGGCGGCCUCGUGACCCCGGUGAACGGUGCUCCGGUCGGUAUGCACCACCACCAUCACGCGCACCCCCGUCCAGUGAAACGGAGACCAACGGCAAACAGGAAGGAGAGGCGGCGGACCCAGAGCAUCAACUCGGCCUUUGCGGAGCUCCGAGAGUGCAUUCCCAACGUGCCUGCAGACACUAAACUAUCCAAAAUCAAGACACUACGGCUGGCCACGAGCUACAUCUCCUACCUGAUGGACAUACUGGAUAAGGACGGCCAGCACGGAGACACGCAAGCGUUUAAAGCCGAGCUGAAGAAGACGGAGGCCCGCGAGGAGAGGAGGAAGAGGGAGGCGGUGGAGUUGCCAAAAACUACGUCCUCUUCUUCCUCCUCUUCCUCUGUGAGUGAUAAGAAGACGAAAGGUCGGACAGGAUGGCCUCAACACGUGUGGGCUCUGGAGCUCAAACAGUAGCAGGACCUUUACCCCCCGUGGGCCCUGUCCCAAACAUGUAUGUGCCAAGUCCAAAACAACAUCUGUGCCAACGGGAAGCUAAAGAGACAUACUUCGGACAACUGGAUAUGGCUAUGAUGAACUGUGGAAGCAGUCUCUCUCUCUCUCCCCCCUCUUGGACUGGGAACUGGACCCCUGCUUUAGCCCCGCCCUCUUCGCUCCACACUAUCCCACUAUAGGCUGUGCUCGAGUGACAUCACAACAUUGUAGUUUAAAAAUGAGCUGGAGGACAGGUCAGAAUUGGAUAUUAAAACGUGCUGUUUAACUGUGAGAUUACAGAUUUGUUGAGCUGGUUUAUGGUUAAUAUCUCUGUAAUUACUUUGUCUAUGCACACAAACUAAAAACUGUCAUCUUUGUCAGUAUAAAUUAUCCGUCCAUCCAUUCUCUUCCGCUUAUCCGGGGCCGGGUCGCGGGGGCAGCAGUCUAAGCACUGACUCCCAGACUUCCCUCACCCCAGACAUGUCCUCCAGCUCCUCCAGUGGGACCCCAAGGCGUUCCCAGUAUAAAUUAACAGAAGCAAAAUUCCUUUCUUCACAAAAGCCUCAGAAAGUGGUGCCAUUUUUUAACUUUAAAGGCAUGAUUUUGGUCAGGACUUUAAAACAAGAGAUUCAUAUUGCAGGUUUGUGGACCCAAUCCCGUAGAAAUAAUGAUAAGGUUCAAAGUUUGUGAACAGAUGGUUUAAUAGGACGUGAAUGAAACACACUUUAAACUAAUUGGACUCUUCAGUUUCUAGGUUUUACAUUUAUACAUCAGCAAUUACUCUGUGCCCCUCACACUAUUGCGCUUGGUACUGCGUUGGAUUAAGACAUCAACUGGGACAUUAACUUGCUUGAAAGUCUUUGAUAGAUUUUUUUCAGCUGCAGGAUUUUGAGUGGGAUUCAGCCAUUUAAAGUUUACAAUGUAGAGUGCACUGACAAAUUUUACGAGAACAAUUUUGUGGAAAAAAGAUUGUACUUCUGUUUAGUCAAUGAAAACUAACACCACUGUUGACCUAUUGUAAGUAAUUCAAGCCAAGUAUUCAGUUCCUACACAUUGAUGAAAUUACACCCAACCACAAACACUAAUGUUGUGAUUUUAA